AUGCCUUUCAAGAACAUUCUCCUCCUCGUGGCCGACGAUCUUGGCCGUGAGCAGUUGGGCUGCUACGGGUGCACCGCCAUAUCCACGCCCAACCUCGACCGCCUGGCAGCCUCCCGCGGCGCCCGUUUCGACAUGGCCUUUGCCAGCACCGCCUCGUGCAGCGGCAGCCGGACCACCAUCUACACAGGCCUGCACACCCACGAGAAUGGCAGCUACGGCCUCGUGGGGGAGCGCAACGGCUUCCAGACCUGGGCGCACGUGGAGACGGCCCCCAAGCUGUUCAACGCGCUGGGCUACAAGACGGGCAUCCUGGGAAAGGUGCACGUGGCCCCCGAGAGCGCGUAUCCGUGGGAGACGAGGAGGGAGAGCGAGACGAGGAACACGGCAUUGAUCGCGGAUCAGGCCGAGGAGUUCUUUCAAGAGGCAAGGGCAGAGGAAAGGGGCUUCUUCUUGACGAUUGGCUAUGUCGAUCCGCAUAGGGUGCUGGCGAGUCGAGGCAAGUUUGGCAACGAGGAGGGAAACUAUGAUCAGAGGUUGAAUGACAGGGUGUACAAGCCAGAAGAGGUGCAGGUGCCGUCAUUUCUGCAGGACGUUCCGGCUGUGCGAGAGGAGCUGGCCGAGUACUACCGCGCCAUCAAUCGUCUGGACCAAGGCGUCGGGCUCGUGCUGGACGCGCUCGAGAGGCACGGCCUCUCCGACGACACGCUGGUGCUCUUUCUCAGCGACAACGGCCCGCCAUUCGUCAACUCCAAGACGACGCUCUACGACGCGGGCAUCCACCUUCCCUUCAUCCUCCGCGUCCCCGGCCUCACCCACGGCCAAGUCAACCCCAACAUGGUCUCCUGGACCGACGUCCUGCCCACGUUCCUCGACUGGGCCGGCCACGCGCAGCUCUCCCUUCCUAUCAGCAGCAGCGCCGUCCCCUCGCCGCCCCGCCACGGCCGCUCCCUGCUGCCCAUCGCGCACGCGUCGACGGUGCUCCCCGGCUGGGGGCAGCGCGUCUUCGGCUCACAUACCUUCCACGAGAUCACCAACUACUGGCCCACGCGCACGAUGCGGACGCGCCGGUACAAGUACCACCGCAACGUCUGCUGGAAGCUCGACUUCCCCUUCGCCAUGGACCUGUACGCGAGCCUGUCGUUUGAGGCGAUGCGCAACGCGGAUCCGCCCAUGGCGGGGAGGCGGCCGUUGAAGAGUUACAUCUGUCGGCCGCCCGAGGAGCUGUAUGACUUGGACGAGGAUCCGGAGGAGCUGCGCAACUUGGCGGGGAGCGGAGGGAAAGAGGAGGUGCUCAAGGAGAUGAGGAGGGAGGUGGAGGCGUGGCAGAUGGAGACCAAGGACCUGUGGCUGUGGAAAGAUGGCGUGGCGGUGCAGAGAUUCAAGGAGUUUAACUAUGAGAGGGAGGGACUGUUGAUUCCGGAUCGGUUUGAUAUGGACCUUGAUAACUUGGCGGCAAAGGGGGUGCCCUGCAUCAAGCUGCACUCGUAG